AUGAAGUUGCUAGCGGUAGCCGUGGGGCUAUUCCCGUGGCUGCUGGCAAGAAGAGCAGAACAACCCGGCGACUGUCCAUUGGAAUGUGAAUGCGAGAGACAGCCACAGGAUAAUAUUACGACCGCAGUAUAUUGCCACAAGGGCGGCCUAAACGACAGCCGGUUCGGCGAGAUUCUGCUACAGCUACCCCAGAAUAUCCGAACACUAGAUAUCGACCACGCCACCAUGGGCAAUUUUGGCGGCCUCCCAGCUCUGCGAGUCCUCGAUUUAUCUUCCAAUCGAUUGUCCAUAUUGCCCACUGGAGUGUUCACCUACUUAAAAUCGUUGCGCUCACUCUCGCUGGCCAACAACUCGAUGCAGGAUCUGCCGACAAACCUCCUGCACGGCCUCCGAAACCUCCGCUCCCUGCACCUGGAUGGAAAUCGUCUACCCACGAAGCAUGUCAACGACCUGUUCACCGACGUUCCCCAGCUCGAGGAGCUUUACUUGAAUAAUUGCGGAAUUUCCUCGAUCGCGAAUUUGAGCCUGCUCGGUGUCCCGAAGCUGACCCACCUUGGGCUCGGCGGAAAUAAUUUGAGAAGUGUACCAUCGAGCGAAUUGGAGGGACUACCGCAUCUUCAGGUGCUCGACCUCUCCAACAAUGCCAUUGGGGAUCUACCACCUUGCGUUUUAGAUCAAAACAUCGAAACCCUCGACCUAUCCUUCAACCACCUAAACGAGUUCGACUCCUCCUGGCUGGGUCAUGCUCAGGAUUCGAUCGUCGAGCUCGGUUUUAGCGGGAAUUUCUUGAGGAAUUUCCCACCGGAUAUCACGAGGACGUUGCGGCAUUUGAGACGCCUUCACAUGGCCUACAACCACAUCGACUGGUGGCCCCUUCAACUGCCCCCAGAAUAUAGCCAGCUCCAAUUCCUGAACGUUUCCGGAAACCAGCUCAGCACGUUGCCGGAUAAUGUCGGAUCGAUUUUGCCAAAGGUCCAAGAACUCGACAUCUCUCACAAUCGCUUCUCUUCCUUGACCCAUGCUAGUCUCGUUUUUGUCAACGACAUCGAGAGGGUGCAUCUCCAAGGGAAUCCAUGGGACUGUAGUUGCUCAAUUCAACACAUACAACAACAUAUGAAAGAUCGAUAUGCCCUCCGGCAUCAGCUCAGCUACGAGGAGACACAGUGUGAGGGUCCGGCCCUACUCCGCGGCCAGCCAUUACUCAACGUCGCCGAGGUGAGCGACUGCGCGGUGCUGUUCGGAGCUCGAUACGGUAUCACGCAAAGCAGCGAGCUGAUGAUACUGCUGGCAGCCGUCGUGACGGGGGCAUUUUUGUUGUGUCUGCUCAUGACAGCUAUGUACUACUCGAGGGAACGGCAUUAUAAGGGCACCUACGUGACGCGAGAACACUCAAGAACCCCGCUAACCAUGUCACACCCCAUCUCGAUCAGCCCGUCGAGCCAAGUAUCCGAGCCCCUCUCCCCUACAAGUACCCUUCCACCACCCCCUCCGAAGGCUUCAUCAUCAUUCUUUGGCAUC